GCACACCUGGGCCAGGCUGCGGACCUGGGGGACGGAGGGAAGAGGUGGGUGAGGCAGGAAUGAGGAGGGCUUUCCAGCGGGCGGUGCUGAGCAGAAUUGGCAGGGUUUUGGUUUGGUGUACAGGAGAAGCGUCUGGAGUCGGUGAGGACGGGGUUCCUUUCGGAGUUUCUGGGCAUGAAGCCGCUGCCCCCUGGGUCGGGGGAAGCGCCCCGUUCCCAUGAAGCCCGCCCUGCAGGUCCCCCCCCCCGUGCCCCCUCCCUUGGUUUCUCGACAGCAGGUUCUGUGUCCACGUGUGGCUGGUUGGUGUCUUUCUGGUUCUUGUUGAUCAGGUUUCCCUGCUGUGAGGGUGUCGUGUUCCCUCUUCCUCCGCUCAACUUUUCUGACACAGCAAAUCGAGGGCUUUGGCCAAAGCCACGGCUCCCAAAUGUGUCCACUAAGUAAACCAUACUGUGCCCCUCCCCACCCCACCUCCCGCCCACCUCCUCCUCUACCCCAGAACGGACAUUCAGACUUCAGAGAGCCUUGUGGGAGCAGGUCUGCUCCUUCCCCAAGCUUGCCCCAGGGAGCCCUCCCCCAACCCCUGGCUGCUGCUCCAGGCGGCACUGCCCUCCGUGCAGGCGAGACGGCAUGGCUGCUCAGUGGCAGUUGGGAGGUGUGCUUCUUUCUGACGGGGGCUUUUCUUCUCUCGGUCCGCGCCUCAAGUCUGUGUGCCCGACCCUGACUGGCAGCAGCAGCCUCAGUGGUCAGUGCCGGGGCCAGAGCUCUGAUGUGCUGUCACUUGCUUUGGGACCAGUGGCCAAGCCCCACCUGGUCCCUGGUGCCUCCAGGCCCGAGGUGGCCUGCUGGCCAGAGCUCCGGUCCACAGCUGGGAAGCCUGGACCACAACCUACAGCACCGUUUCCGCUCUGGGAUCUUGUAAGCUACUUUUUUAGGCUGUGGUUUGGUGAAAGGAACCAACACAUUAACGAUUUUUUCCCCCAGAAGCCACUAAAUAAUUCUUUUUGGCGCGUUUUUGCCUUCCUGUUGGCUGUCUGGUCUUGGAGCAGAUGGGGAGCCGGUGGGGGGAGGGGCGCUCCUGAGCAGGCGGCCUGCCGCGCUCUGGCCUGGGUGCCCUGGGCCUGUGCUGCACCUGCCGGGCCAGUGGCACGCAGUUGCUCCCCACCUGGAGCAGCAGCCUUGAUGCGUGGGUCCCCGGUGAACUACGAGAGUGACCCUUCCUUCUUCCCCUCCCCUCAACCUGCCAGUCCCGGAAGCCUUUAACCAAACGGGGGCGGGGGCGGCCAGCCUUCUCCUGGCAUCUGGGGCGACGGGACAAGGGCUGCCCGGUGUGUCCUGCUCUGCUGCUCUCCUGGCGCUGAGAGGGUGGGUCCGAGCGCUGUCGUUCGCACCCCGCCAGCCCUGCCCGGGGCUGGAGCCAGGGGCAGGUGGGGGUACCCUGGGGUCUGCCCGGCGUCGGGGGGGGGUUGUUGGAGGUGGGGGGGGCUCGUGGGGGCGGCCCGCCUUGGAGCCACCCUGCCCUGUGCAGUAUUUAUUGCUAAAUUAUUGUCCAGGAGGGGCGGCACUGGGCCAGGCCCCGGGUAUUUAUUGCUGUACAUAGUGUAUGUUUGUGAUAUAUGAGGUUUUCUUUAUUUUGUAUAUGAUCAAUAAACUCCUUUUAAAAAGACUGGCAGGUGCUUCCUUGGGGCGGCGCGGGCGGGGCCGGAAGGGCGGGGUCUCGCGCGCAUGCGUCAGCGCGCGGCCUGCCGGGAGGCGGAAGCGGAAGCGCGCGUCUCCCCGGGAGCGAUGGCAGCCGGGGGUCUGAGCCGCUCGGAGCGCAAGGCCGCCGAGCGGGUGCGGCGGCUGCGGGAGGAGCAGCAGCGGGAGCGCCUCCGUCAGGUGUCGCGCAUCCUGAGGAAAGCGGCGGCCGAGCGCAGCGCGGAGGAGGGCCGGCUCCUGGCCGAGAGCGCGGACCUGGUGACCGAGCUGCAGGGCCGGAGCCGGCGGCGCGAGGGCCUGAAGCGGCGGCAGGAGGAGGUGUGCGAUGACCCAGAAGAGCUGCGGAGGAAAGUGCGGGAGCUGGCCGGCGCCGUGCGGAACGCCAAGUACCUGGUCGUCUACACGGGCGCGGGCAUCAGCACGGCGGCCUCCAUACCAGAUUACCGGGGCCCUAACGGCGUGUGGACGCUGCUCCAGAAGGGGAGGCAGGUCAGUGCCGCCGACCUGAGCGAGGCCGAGCCCACCCUCACGCACAUGAGCAUCGCCCGGCUGCAUGAGCAGAAGCUGGUGCAGCACGUGGUGUCCCAGAACUGCGACGGGCUGCACCUGCGGAGCGGCCUGCCCCGCUCGGCCAUCUCCGAGCUGCACGGGAACAUGUACAUCGAGGUCUGCACAGCCUGUGCCCCCAACAGGGAGUACGUGCGGGUGUUCGACGUGACGGAGCGCACCGCCCUGCACCGGCACCAGACGGGCCGGGCCUGCCACAAGUGCGGGGCCCCGCUCCGGGACACCAUCGUGCACUUCGGGGAGAGGGGCACCCUGGGGCAGCCUCUGAACUGGGAGGCGGCCACCCAGGCUGCCAGCAGAGCAGACACAAUCCUGUGUUUGGGCUCCAGCUUAAAGGUGUUGAAGAAGUACCCUCGCCUCUGGUGCAUGACCAAGCCCCCCAGCCGGAGGCCCAAGCUCUACAUCGUGAACUUACAGUGGACCCCGAAGGACGACUGGGCUGUCCUGAAGCUCCAUGGGAAGUGUGAUGACGUCAUGCAGCUCCUCAUGGAUGAGCUGGGCCUGGAGAUCCCCACCUACAGCAGGUGGCAGGACCCCAUCUUCUCCCUGGCUACCCCCCUGCGGGCCGGCGAGGAAGGCAGCCACAGUCGGAAGUCGCUGUGCAGAAGUCGCGAGGAGCUCCAGGCGGAGGACCAGGGUGCACCUCUGAGCUCAGCCCCCGUCCUGGGUGGCUGGUUUGGCAGGGGCUGCGCCAAAGGCACGAAAAGGAAGAGAGUGACAUAGCGUGGCACUUGACUGACAGCAACACUGGCACUUUGCAGGCGGCUGGAACUCUCGACUCCGGGGGCUGGUGGCACCCAGGAGGCCAGGCCUGCCCCUCGGGGUCUAGUGAGACUUCUCUAGGAGUGACACCUUCACCGUGACCGGCUUAGCCAUUCGUCUCGACGGGAAGCCCCUUGCACUGCUGUGGUUGCCCCCACACCCGGCCCAUCCAGCCUCUUCUGAAGAGGUGGCGGCCACGCACUCCCGCGAGAACAGAGCUCGGGCUGUCCCCACCUGGCGGGCCCAGAGGAAGAAAACGCUGCCUUACCGCCCUCGCCAGGCUACUCUCAGGGCCCUCGACCCCGUUUCUACUUCCUACUACGAAUGUUCACUUUACGGCAAACCUUCUUCUGCUUUGGUGUGCGGCACGGGGGCGGUUUGGAGCCUUGGCUCUCGGCAGGCCUUUCCGUGGCUAUUAAACAUCUCUGCACUGGCUUCCCCUGCC